AUGACAUCCCCGGCGCAGCUCGAUAUUGCGUACCCCCCGACGUUUGCGUCGUCGUUCUGGACGUAUCCGGACUAUAGGACCGGUGCUACCGUCCUUUACUCGCGUAUGCAGGAUGGGCUGGACGAAAACGACUCGGUCCUCGCCCUGCUAAAGCACCGCGCCGAGACGGAGCGCGAGACCGCGCGGAUGCUUUCGCACGUCCCUGAGCCGACGCAUACGGCCGAUCCGCUCUUUCACGGUGCAUCGGCUAGCGACCGCAGCGGGAUUCACACGUCUGCGGCGCCCACCGCACGGACCUUUCGCCUGCUGGUGAGCGAGUUUGCAACGAGCCAGGCCGACGUGCACUUCCGUGCAGCGAAGCGCAUGGAGGCGACGAUCGUUGCGCCAUUCUCCGAGUGGGUUGAAGGCCAUGCGGACCGCAUGCAGGACAGCUACGAUACGGUCGAAGAGGCGCUGACGGCGAUGGAGCGCCAGAGCGCCGAAGUCGCGCGCCUGCGCACCGCCUACGAGUCAAAGUGCCGCCUUGCGGACGAGGCCGAGGACGACGCGCGCUUUGCCCCGGGCUCGCACCCGGCGACGCCACCGCGCAGCACCGACGAGGUGGUGAAUGGAACGCGCCGCCUGUCGCUCAGUGCACGCCGCGACGAGCCCGCGCCCGAGACGACAUCGCUCGAUCCCCAGCGCCUGCAGCGCCGCGAGACGCUGCGCCAGCAGUUUGGCUUUAAGCGCAAAGAAGAAGAGAAGGGCGACAAGAGCGAAGACAAGAGCGAGGAACACGCCGAUAAGAGCGAGGAACACGCCGAGAAGGGCGAGUUUGCCCCGGAAGAGACCUCGCCGGGCGCGGCGCUGCAGCGCUCCUCGUCGCGUAUCUCGACUUACUUGACACGCGCCGUCGGCAAGAUUGGCGACUCGCCGACGCUUGCGCAGGUGCGGGCGACCGUCAGCGGAUUGGCCGAUCCCCGGCACAUUCGCCUGCGCCGCGAGGCCGAAGUCGCGGAGCAGCAGUACCAAGACGGCGUCACGACGUUUGACAGUCUGCGCUGCCACUGCGAGCAGGUGCUCUUUCACCAGUACUCGCUGCUGCAGCGCUGGGAAGCCGACCGUGUGACGGCGCUCCAGCGCGUACUGAGCGCGUACAACCUCGCGCUUGCGCCGGCCGCCGAGGCGUACAAGGCCUCGAGCGAGCGUACGCAGCUCUUGCCUCAACGGCUGCAGCCUGCGGCGCACCUGCAGCACCUCAUGGACGAGCACAAGACCGGCCCGUUCCGUCCUGCCCCGGUCGUCUUCCGGCCGUACUACCACGACGAUCUGAACCGCGUCGCAGGCUCCGCGACGGCCGGCUUCGGCAUGGACCUCGUAUCGACCGCUAAAGGCACGGCGCUCGCGGCUCAGGAGACGUCGCUCAAGACGGGCCAGCCCGGGUCGGGCCUCGCGAUGCCUACGCUCCCGCCAGUGCUGCACGCGCUCCUCUCGGCGCUCCAGCGCUCGUACGCGGACCGUGCGCGGUGGGUGCCGAAAGACGGCGGCGACGUCACGGAAGCAACGAUCCACGCGGAAAAGCGCCGUAUCUGGCUGUACGAUGUGCCGCUGCACGUUACGCAUGCGCUGCGCACGCGCCUCAUCCAGCACGUCGCUCGCCAGCCGGACGCGCCCGAGUUUGCCGUGCCGGACACGCUGCUCGAUGCGGUCGACGCGCCGGUGCUCGCCGCGACGGUCAAGCUGUGGGCGCUCGAGCUUGACUCGCCGCUCUUGCCGUACAGCUCGUGGGACGAGAUUGCAGAGAUCUACGAUGCGGCUGCCAUCCGCCACGAGGCACAGGGGGGGCAGGCGGACGCGGAUCCUACCGAAAUCUCCAAGCCGAUCGUUCAAGGGAUCAGCGGCGUGCUUGCGCGCCUGCCAAAGCUGCACCUUGCAUGCCUCGAUGCGGUGAUUUCGCACCUGUAUAAGCUCGUCAAGGACACGCCGACCGACGAGGACAACAGCGUGUACACGGCCAAGCUUGGCCUCUCGCUCGGCCGCGCGGUCCUGCGCCCGAGCGCCGAGCGGCCCAGCACGGUGCACGCCAAGUACCCUGCGCUCCUUGUCAAGGACCUUGUCGAGCAGUACGAGACGCUCUUUCCCCCUCUGAUGCACACCAAGGCCAAGGAGUCGGACAUGAAGGCGCUGAGUCCUUUCCGCAACGUGCCGAUUCGCAGGCGGUCUACGCUCGUGGACCAGCGCAUCUCACGCAGCUCGUUGCUGGGCGCGGGUCUGCCGAGCGACGGGCUGCAGCGCCGCGCCGCGCAGUUUGAGCAGCUGCACGGCGGACGGAGCCCGAUGCAGCGGCAUACGUCGUUGUCGUACCGUCCGAUGCAGGGCGCCGAGCGGGCUGCACGGACGUCGCGCGUCGCCUCGGCCCAGGUGCCGAGCAGCUCGCGCGUGCCGGAUGCGUUGGCGCAGGUGGCCGAGCAGGCGCGCGCGGCCGCCGAGGAAGGCGGACUCGAUGCCCAACAAGCGGCCAAGCCAGUCAGCAUGCAAAAGGGAGCGGCGCUGGAUGCAGUGCGCCCUGAGGUUGCACCGGCUGUGGCUCCUGCCGAGGCGCCGGUGAGCAAGGCUCAGGCCGAGGCGAGUCGUGCCAAGGCCCCCGUUGAGGCACCUGUGAGCAUGGCGCCUGUCGAGGAGUCUCUUGCCAAGAUCCCCGUCGAAGAGUCCUUUGCCAAGCCCCCCGUCGAGGCGCCGGCGGCCAAUGCCCCUGCCAAGACCAAGGCCGAAGCGUUCAAGGGCCGCGCUGCCGAAGCGCCCCAGGCCCCCAAGGCCGAAGUACCUGUCAAAGCCCCGCUGCCAAAGGCUCCAGUGACGAAGGUUCCAGUGACUGAUGCGCCUGCUGCCGAGGCACCUACUGCUCCGGCCACUGACGCCGAGGCACAAGCUGCGCCCCGCCCUCCCUCCGCCUCGGGCAAGAACUCGAGCGUGCGCGACGCGAUCAAGGCCUUUGAGUCCUCGGCCAAGGACACCGACCCGCCUUCGGCCACGUUGGGUCCCAAGACUGAGCCUGCCGCAUCUUCCUCUGAUGCCGCGUCUGCUCGGGCCCCCCGGACGAGUACUGGUGUCAAAGGCCCGCGGGGCCCCCGGAACGUUUCCCAAAAGUAG